AUGGCUACCUCCCUGUCGAGCAGCACCGUCUUCGAGGCAAAUCCAUACCAAGGCCACCCGAACCUGACCGAGCUCGAGGCGGAGGUGCUGUGGCAAUACGCCCAGCUAUCGCAGAACAUCAAAGAGCUGAUUGCGGAGACGCGGCGGGUGAGCGAGGCACCGGACGAGUCGCUCUUGAAACAGCUGCGCGCGCUGGAGGUCAAGAUGGGACUCGUGCUCACCCUGUUCAAGGCAUCGGUGUGGGCCGUAAUCAACGAACAGCCUAUGGCAGACUUGUCCAACAUGUCCGACAUCACCCCCAACGAGACCGUUCGGCAGUAG